GUUUCAUUUGAGGCAAAAGACGAAUAGACGAAGCACAGAAACAACCACAAGUUGUUAAGACACCCAGUCACCAAUUCCAAGUCGUGUUCAAGACUUUUAGUCGUUUGCUAGACAUUCGUGUUGAAGGUUCGCUCAACGGUUACAAACUUGUUACAUGUUCUCUCGCUGUUCCAUCAACAACGGUCGUUUAUUUUGGUUGUUCGAAUUUGUCCAUGCGACAUUCGAAGUUAACAGGGUAACACGUAACUUUCUGAGGUCUUAAACCCUUAACUAAGGAUUAAGUGAUUCGAAAAUAAUCAAAAAAAUUGAAAAAGGAUUAUCUUUUCAAAUAAAUUGAUAAGUGCAAAGUUGCUGGAAAAAAAAGUGUAAGAGAAAAAAAACAGAGCGUGCGAAUUGAGUGCAUAGUGCAAUAUCGUAUUACGCGAUCGCCUACGCCCGGCUUUGGAAUUAUAUAUUUGCAAAUAUUUUGUUUGCAAAAAACAACAACACCCCACUGCGGUGGAAUCUGGUAUCUAAUCCAAUUCACCUGGGGCACCAGGCACCACAGAGGUACCAUAUACUCGUACUCCAAUUCCAUCCAGCACCUCUCGCGCCGCGUCACCACCGUUGUUGGUUUUGAAUAGUCGUCCGAUCGGAACGACGAACAUACCGCAAAUAUUUUUGGUUUUCUUCAUUCCAAGUGUUCGUGUGAUUAUUUUCUACGAUCAUUUAUUAUUUUUUUUUAUUUGUUUUUGUUCAUUUCUCAUUCGUUCAAUCUCGGGAUUGAAUUUCAAAUCCAUGUGAUUUAAAAUUCAUAAAAAAGACAAACACCUAACCCAGAGACUGAUCGCGACAGAUCCAAGGAGACAGACAGAGAGAGAGAGAGAAAAAAAGAGAGGAAAUUCGAAGGAGUACCUGUUUUGCUAGCUGUCAGGCACAAAUUGUCAUAAUUAUUUUUGACCUUAAGCUCUAUCUAAAUAUAAUAAAUAUACAUCAACACAUCCAACUACGCCCCAAAUCAAUUUUCUUCCAAAUUUGGACCUAAAAUGCCGUGUCCGGUUGCUAAUCGUUGUGCUAUUCUAACAAAAUGCUUACUUAACUCGUUUCUAAGUGCAAUGUUUUUGUGAAAAAAAAAAAUAUUACCUACCACAUUUAUAUAUUUUUCUAUAUCUUCUGUAGAUAUCUUUUCCUUUAUUUUAUUAAUUUUCACUAUCGUCAACUUCAAAGUGCUUAUAUAAAUGUUGUGUUGAUUGAAUGCGAAGUGUCUAAAAGUGCGUGUUUUGAUUUUUCAAUUUUUUUUUUGCGUCAAUCCUUAUAAAGCAGAUACAAAAAUAAAAAAAUAAAAAUUUUAAAAAUAAUAAAAAAAAAAAUCCGCCAAUAAUAGCAAUCAUGCAUAGGCAAGUAGUAAAAUUCUUAACGAUACUCGUUGUCUUUCUAUGUGCAUUCAACUUUGUUUAUGCACACGUCGCGUUAACUUAUCCACCUGCACGAAAAUACGAUUUGGAUUUUUUAGAUAAUUCUCGAACGAAAGGACCAUGUGGAAUGCCAAAGGGAUCAAUACGUACGUCAAUUUUAUCAGGAUCAAAGUUUAAUGUUACAUGGCAUUUAGCUUACCCACACAGAGGUGGUUUCCGAUUGCAACUUUUAGAUGAAUUAGAUCGCCCCGUUCUUGAUUUGACACCACAUGUCAAUGGUUCGGAGUUUGUGCGAACAGAUGCCACAUAUUGGCGUGUUUCUAGGGCGCAAUCACAUGAAGUUCAACUGCCAACCAAUUUCACCUGUCACAAUUGUACAUUGCGUUUGUUGCGUCAAGCCGAUGAAUGGUCAAGCGGUUAUCGGUUUUGGUCGUGUUCCGAUGUUGAUAUUAAAGAUAGGAAGACAUUUAGACAAUUGUGCUCGGGCAAUGGGAAGUAUUUCGGAACUCGGUGCAAGUGCAAAGACACUUACUAUGGCACAUACUGUCAGUAUAAAGAUGAGUGUGUCACAAAUUCAGAUUGUGGUGCUCAGGGCAAGUGUGUUGAUAUAAAAGGUAAAUCACUGCCACGCAAACAGUGCUAUUGUAAUUUUGGAUGGUGGGGUACUGGCUGUAACAAGCGAUCACCUUACAAAAGUACUGACUUGGAUUUGUCUAUGCAUUCUCGCAAAGAAUUGUCCCCAGACUUCCAUAUGUAUUGGAAACUUCUCGAGGAACAAAAAGAAAUCGAAAUUGUUUUGCAAGUUAAGGGUUCUUCUUGGGUUGGUUUGGGAUGGAGACCAAGGAGUUUGACACCUGAAUGCAAGAAUUUCCCCCUUAUUCGAGAUAUUGGUGAUUUGACAACAAAUUUAGAUGGUUCAGCAUCAGCCGAACCUGAACCGUCAUCGGAGCCUGAACCAAAAUCCGAACCGGAACCAAAAUCCGAGCCAGAACCAAAAUCAGAACCCGAACCAAAGUCGGAACCAGAACCGAAAUCCGAACCGGAACCAUCUUCUGAACCAGAACCAAAGUCAGAACCGGAGCCUAAGUCAGAACCUGAACCAAAGUCCGAACCGGAACCAACAUCUGAACCCGAACCCAAAUCCGAACCGGAACCAUCAUCGGAACCGGAACCUGUUGCAACAAGUAAAACUAAGCGUGCUGGUAAUAGAAACAUUCCCAUUAUGGAUGGGGUAACGUCUGUUGCAACGAGUGUUUCAUAUCGAGUCAGUGCUCAAUCUGGACGGAAGAGGCGAGAUUUAUCGGAUGUAGACAUGGAUAGCGAAUCUGAGUCAGAACCAGUUACGGAACCAGAACCUAAGUCUGAACCGGAGCCAAAAUCUGAACCGGAGCCAAAAUCUGAACCGGAACCAAAAUCUGAACCGGAACCUAAAUCUGAACCGGAACCUAAAUCUGAACCAGAACCAAAAUCUGAACCGGAACCAAAAUCUGAACCGGAACCAAAAUCUGAACCGGAGCCAAAAUCUGAGCCUGAGCCUAAGUCCGAACCAGAGCCAAAAUCUGAGCCAGAACCAAAGUCUGAGCCAGAGCCUAAAUCUGAACCAGAGCCAAAAUCAGAACCUGAACCAAAAUCAGGGCCUGAACCGAAAUCGGAGCCAGAGCCUAAAUCUGAACCAGAACCUAAAUCUGAACCUGAACCUAAAUCAGAGCCAGAACCAAAAUCAGAACCCGAACCAAAAUCAGAACCAGAGCCAAAAUCCGAGCCGGAGCCAAAAUCCGAACCUGAACCCAAGUCUGGAAAGAUUACAGCCAUACCUAGUUCUGGGACUCAGUCAGAAGCUCCAUCAAAAUACAAACUGAACCCGUAUACUCCCCGUCAUGAUUUCAAUCCAAUGGAUUGUACCGAUAUUGUUAUUGGAAUGGCUCGUGAAAUGACAAGUCGUGUUGGUGAUUACUACACUAGAGAUCGAUCUACACCAAGACUUGAUGAAUUUUGGGGUGGUGUUUCAGAUUUAACUUUAGGAACUGGCUUUGAACUAAAUAACAUGACAACAAUAAUUUUCCGAAAGAAAUUAGAAGCCAAAGAACCCACAGAUCAUACAUUAGAUGAUGAUUUAACUCAUGUUAUUUGGGCCAAGGGUCAGGAGCCUGGAAGUUAUGUACAUGUACCACCAUCGGGUAUUGAAAAAGAAGCUUCAUCUGUAAAGGAAUUCUAUCAAGCUGAUGAAUUGAAAUAUCAUGGACAUCAGAUGCAACGUGGAGUUACGCAAAUUAAUUUCUUUGAAAAAGAAAAAAUCCCCACUGCACCUGGCAAUGAUGUUAGCAACGAUUGCUUUGGCCACUGGAAGCAUCCAUCAAGUUGUUCCCCCGAAGAACACAAUUGUGAAUAUUAUGCAUCAUGGGAAUCAUUGGGAGAACAAAUGCGUUGGCACAUCGAAACAACAAAUACUCAAACAUGGACUGGCAUUGGAUUUAGUAAUGAUGAGCAUAUGUCACAAACUGAUGCAAUUAUCGGCUGGGUUGAUAAACAAGGUCGACCAUUUUUAAUGGAUACAUGGAUAAAUGGUUAUUCAUCACCGAAAUUAGAUGAUCAACAAGAUAUUACAAAUACAUCGGGACGUAUUGAAAAAGGUGUUACGAUGUUGGAGUUUACACGGAAACGAGUCACCAGAGAUCCACAAGAUCUUUCAUUCACCGACGAUCAUUGCUUGUAUCUCUUCUUCCCUGUUAUGGGUGGCGCAUUUAAUUCCGUCAACAAGAAAAUACGCAAGCACGAACAAAAUCCUCCAGUUUCUUCAAGUAGAAUAUGCAUUAAAUCAUGCGGAAUUGAACUUGAAAUGGCAGCUGCUGCAACAACACCAGCUCCAAAUCGAUUGGUAUACGCUGUCGGAGUGAAACUAAUGAAUUUGGCUGAAUCUUAUGAAGCUCCUCAACGUGGAACAGCUGAAUUUAAUAAUUUAGCUUCAACCAUUUCAGAUUCUUUUAAAGGAAUUUUAAAUGAAAUUCCUGGAUAUCACAAGACCGAUGUUGUAAGCUUUGAAAAAGAAGGCACAACAAUGGUAGCUAAACUUCAAGCUAUAUUCAACAAAGACGUUUUAGAGAAGGCAGUUGAAGCAAGUUCGAAGGAUUCUGAAAAUGAUAUUGCAGAAGGACGCUCUAUUCGAGCAGCCAUAUUGGAAGGAGUUGCUUCGGGAAAAGUUGGAUCACUAACAGUUGAUCCACAAUUUCUUGAUUUCGAGCCUUUAGAAUACAAGAGCAAUGUAGAAAAUGACGGAGAAACGAAAUUAUCAUUCUUUGAUCUAUCAGAGACACGUCUUUACAUUGUCUUAGGAUGUAUUGCAGCUUUGGUUAUAAUUGCACUUAUUCAAGCCUUUUGUACAAUAUACAAGACUUCCAAAAAGAGCAGUUCUCAAAAGAGCAAUUUGAUUCAAAACUCCCCUUGGAAAGACUACAGUUCAAACACAAACUACGCUUUUGAUCCCUAUGGUGAAACAGAAGAAAAACAUCUUGGAGGUGGAACUAGUACAACUGGUAAAGAUAAAUCCCGUCAUCGAUCAUCGAGUAGCAGUCAACAGACAACUCUACAAAUGUCACAUUCACCAACCAGUAAAGCCUCACAAUACUACGAUGUGAAUAAUGGACGAUCAUCGUCAUCGCGAUAUGACACAAAUGGUAUGGGUGGCAACAAUGGUACACACGAUUAUCGCACUAACGGACAACAAAGUCGUGGCCAACGCAGUAGCCAUAAUCCUGCGCCAAAUGGUGAAAGCUAUUCUAGAUCGUCAUAUGCCGAUAGGGCCUAUUCGCUGCCACGUCAAGUGAUACAACAGCAGCAACAGCUACAACAACAACAACAUCAAUCACAACAGAAUACAAUGCCAUCUGCCGGAUAUUAUACACAAGAUCGUCGCAGUAGAAAUACAAAUGAAGAUCGACAUAGGAGUCGAGACAGAGAUAGCAGUGAAGCUACUCAUGCACGUAGUGGAUCAUCGACGGGCACUGAUACUCCAGAUUUCUAUUUUAUGCCAUCGCAACGCAAGUAUUCGGGUGAAGUUGUACGAGUUUAUGUGGAUUACAAUAAGAAUCCACAAAAUUAGAAGCCAACGAAAAAAUUAAAAAAAAAAACUGAGAUGAAAAGGGGAGGUAAAAAUUGGAUUGAACGAAUAAUAAUAAAAUAAAUGUAUUAUUAUAUAAUUAAUUAUAUAAAAUUUAAAAAAAUAAUUGUUUUAUAUUUUAAUUUUCUUUUUUUUUU